CGCUGUCUUUGGAGUGGGUGACGUUAAAAUUCACUGUCAGUGUGAGAUCAUUUAGAUAGAUUGUACAAAAGAAGACAGAAGGCACAGAAAUCUGCUGGGAACUUCAGACGCAUUGCUCCAUACCAAGACACAUUGAGGUUAAGCAAUGAUGAAGCUACUUAUUCUCGCUCUCUUCGUUGUGCAAGUCUUUGCUAAAAAGCAUAUUCCAAAGGAACCAGAAACUUUGGGAAAUCCACAGAAGCGAAUUAUUAUGCCUGGUACAUUAUGGUGCGGUAAUGGAAAUAAAGCAAAAAGUUAUGAUGACUUGGGAAGACUGGCCGAUUUAGACUCGUGCUGUAGGGACCAUGACCACUGCGACCGAACAGUGAGUGCUUUCAGUACAGAUUACGGAUACGAGAAUGAGCUGUCCACUACAGUAAGCGAUUGUAAGUGUGACAAGAAGUUUUAUAAGUGCAUGAAAGCCGUGAAAGAUAGCUGGAAAUCAGCAUUCACAGUCGGAAAACUAUAUUUCAACUACCUAAAAAUGCCAUGUUUGGAAUUCAAUGAGGAUGGGACGAAGGCAACAAGAGGACAUUCACCAAAAUAUUAA